AUGAGAAGGCAAAGAGAGCUUGCUAAAGCGAGGAAAACAGUUCCGUCACGUGCCCCUCCCACAAUUGAUCUUACUGCUACAGAGCGGUCAUUUUUGGAGUCAUGUUCUAGAGAGUUGCCUAAAUUACCAGGCAAUCAGCUCGCUUAUCCUGUACCAGAGCCGAGGUUUUCUGACAUCUCGUCGAUUCAGCCAGGCGACGCCACAUACGUCGUUUCUACGAAAACUCCACAUAAAAUAUCAAGAAGUGUUGCAUGCUCUACACCGUUGCGUUACAAUCGUGCCGUAAUGGAAGUUCCUCCUUCUGCCAUGAAAUCUGUUCCUGAAGAAGAGCCCGUCUCUGAAGCUGGUUUGCACCCCGCCACAGCGAUGGUGCUGACAUGUGACGAAGAUUACUUCAUGUCCCGAGACGAGCGCACUGAGCGUCAAUUCGAUGCAAUGUCUGUAUGGUGCAACAUGAUUCUUCGAUCUCAAUAUGAUGACGAGGAAUUUGAUAUAGGAGCAACUAAGAAAGAAGCGAAUAAAGUUCUGCAGGAUCUCCUAGUGAAAUCUAAGGCACAAAUGUCCAGUUCUGUUACGGUUGACAAACCGUUCAAGUACUCAGAUUUCCUGAAGAGGCAGAAAAGGGACAAUACUCGUGAAAGGGCAAUGCGUCUAUUCAAUUCCACUAAUGUACCAGAACGUAUUCGAGAUUCGGUCAACUGCCGCCUGUUUUCUGUGCGUGCAGGUUGCAAUGUCUACUCAGACUUGUCCCUCCAAAUGACACUUUUACGUCUUUUCCUCUCAUUCCAUCCGGCGUGGCUACAUCUUGGACUGGAAACUGUGUUUCACACUUCGAUCGAUGUGAAUGAAAAUGAAAAGUUUAUCCAUGUCAUUAGCCGCUUUAUCAUCCAGCGGGUAUUCGCAGAUCCUAAGAUUUUGCGGAACCAAAAUUAUGCAUAUGGCAAUCACAACGCAAUAAAUCCGAGUCCUAUGUCUUCAGAGGACCCGCUGGAAAGGAGCAAAGGCCAUAAAAAUUGGAGUGUGUCAAACUGUUCUACAACAGAUAAGACACCAAAUGGUGUAGCCAUUUGGUGGCUGGGUACCACGAAGACUGCUUCCGCCGUCAACAGGAUCAGCAGUCGAAUCAUGGCUAUGAGGAAAGACACGGAGGGGUACUGGAAAUUAAUAUCCUUGUACGCUUCACAAGCUGGCUGCCCCGUCUUCGAAAAAGAUGGGUUAUAUCUGAGCCUCUACGAGGCUAUCUGA